AUGGACGCUCAACAGCCCCAGCACCAGCACCUCGCCCCCAUGACCGUCGACCUCGACGGUCAGCAACAGCAACAACAACAGCAGCAACAGCUACCACAGGCCAACCCGCACUUCGCCAUGCCGGCUCCAGUGGAGCACGGACCACCGAUGGCCUCUGGCUUCGCCGCGCAUUCUCCGCCCAUGCACGCGAGCCCUCACGCGUCGUCGUCGACGUAUGGGCAGCAUCAGGGCAACAUCGCGCAGCCCUCUAUGUUCCAGGGGAACACGAGCGCGACGAUGGGCAUGCUGAUGGGCCUCGAUCCGAGGUACCAGCUGACACCCUCGUACAUGGGCUACGCGCCGCAAACGGCGCACGCGGGCCCCAUCCAACCAUUUGUCCCCCCAGCGCCGACCUCCAUAUCCAUGCCCCCGGGGAUGCCGCCACUGCUGAUGUCGAGGCCGACGUCGCAGUGGAUCGUCCUGAGCGACGACAUGGCACCAUUGGUGCACCGAGAAGGAUGCCCGGUCUGUACGACCUGGGCGCACCACAUCCAGGACGCCACGAGGACGGACACGUCCUUCGCGGAAGCCAAUGGGACGGCACGUGCCGCCCUUCAGGAGCGGCUCUACGACCACUUCCGCCGAUGGCAGGGUUCGGAAGGGGGAGGGACGCCGGCCGAACUCCAACAGGAGAUCGAGCGGCUGAAGAAGGAGAACGAGCUCCUCCGCCGCAAGUCAGAGGACCGGGGUCGUGAGAUCGACGACCUGGAGGCCCGGGUGAAUGAAGCCUGGGAAGCCAGUGAGCACCACGAGGAUAGGGCGAGGCGACUGGAAGACGAGUUGCGUCGUCAUCGACGCUCUCGAUCCCUGUCCCCGGGACCUCGGCGUCGAGAUCGCUCAUCUCCACCACGGCCCACACCACCUCGUCCUCCUCCGCACCAGCAAUUUCCGAACCGGCCCUCGCGGGGACCGCUACUACGCCCCCCCCCGCGAGGCGAGCCGUCGCGCCCGGGGCCAUCGGGCAUGUCGCGAUCCACGUCUCAAGCGGUUCCAUCGAACCUGCUUGGGAACACGACGUCAUCGUCGUCGCCCACACCCCCCUUUCCGUCAAGCAACUUUCCGCAAGGCUCGUCCUCGAGCUCGCGACGCCUCGGCCCCGAGGCGGCGUUCGACUCCGAUAUGGAGGACGAUGACGUCGACAGCGAGUCCGAGGGCUACAACAUCAAGAAGGGCAAGCAGCGCGCGUUCAAUAAUGCGAACCGCGCCGUCCUGCGUCAGACCCGGGAGCGGCUGAUCAGCCAAGUGACAGGGACCACGCCUCGACAACCGGCACCCCCGCCUCUUGCGCCGACGCUUCCUGCGCUGGGCCCGAGUGCCGGACUGGACCCUCCGCGUGUACCAGGAGGUGUGCACCAGCCCCACAUGUCUGUGUGGCCGGAGGCAACGCCGGUCCAGGCAGCUGAUGCCUGGUCGGACUACGUCCCUCUGAACCAUCACCAGUACUGGGAGUUGGUGCGGUCGGCCAGGGCUCAAGGAGGCGGCGCGUACAAUCGUGUACGCGACCUCCUUUGUCAAUAUGACGCGAACGGAGCCCUGGGCGCGUUCAACUACCUCCACCAGCUCAAGAUGAGCUGGUCGGACCCGCACCGGGCAGAGACACGAUCGCAAGCCCGUCGCGCUCGCGACUUCGGGAGAGAAGCGGUUCAUUCGAACCCCUCUCACAUCGAGAGGAACCCGGGCAUGCGGAACCCGAGCCGGACGGACCCGCCGGAGAGGUGGUUGGAGUACUGGCACCAGUACCCCGACACCCUGCCGGUGUACCUCCCCAUUCCCUCUCAGCUGGGAAGACCAACCCGGGAUCACACUCGGGGCCACAUCCUCCUGCGCGCUCUCAUCCCCAAGCUCAAGGGUGCCCAGCAGUCGGCCGAGCGCGCGCGGUUCCUGGAGGUCACCGCCCAACUCUUCUCGAUCCCCGGCCUCUAUCGACGAAUCGUCGACGAGGGCCACUACCCCGAAGAUACGGUGGAGCGACUGCUCCCCUACCCGGGCCAGGUUACCAACGUGUCAAUUUUCGACUUGGCGGCUUGGUACGCCCAUUGCGGGCUCAGCGCGGCCUCCAUUGCGCUUAUGCAGCCAAUGGCGGUACGCAUGCGCCAGUACUACGAGCGCCGCAACCCCAACUCAGCGGAGGCCUUCCUCCAAUGGCCGCGCACCAUGGCCGAAGUCACAGCUGUGCCCGUGCUCGCGGAACUCGCGUUGCAAGUCGCGGCGCUGCAGGAAAACCCAGACGCGACCACUGGUCACGCGACCACGCCUCUCCCCCUUGUAAUCGAGGGCGUCGACGUCGACGAAACCAUGGGAGAAGCGCAGGGGAUUGGCGAGGGCCAGGCUGAUGAGCUGGGGCCCAGUGGUACAGUACUGUCGACCGAUGCCCCGGGCCCGUCACCUCCCUCAGCCUGA